UUAAAGCUAUGUUUUUAAAAAAUAUAAGAUAUUUAAAGAUUUUGAUAUCGCACUUAGUGCUUUUGAGUUCUGUUAGUGGUGAUGAAGCUAAUGCCAGUCUUACUUUCGUUAUUGAUAAUACGAGCUCAAUGGGCCAAGAAUUAAACCAAGUUUUGGCGAGUACGAACGAUGUUUUUGAUGCAGUGCUCAACUCCAACGCAUCAAAAAUAAAUGAGUUUAUAAUUGUGACUUUCAACGAUCCCUUUGGUAACAUCAAAAUAAAACCUGCUAUUUUAAGAAUCAAAACUAAUAACCGUGAUGAUUUCAUUACUACGUUGAAUGAAAUAAAAAUUAAAGGUGGCUACGAUUGUCCAGAAAUGGCUAUGACUGGAAUUGAACUAGCACUCCAAGAGAGCAAACCGAAUUCAUUAGUGUACGUGUUCACCGACGCAUCCGCAAAGGAUUAUAUGAAAUAUGAAAGUGUAAAAACUUUGGCACAACAAAAAUCCAUUCAGGUAACUUUUCUUUUAACCGGUAAAUGCGAGAAAGAAAAGGAAGAGUUGUACAUUGUGUACCACCGACUCGCUACAGUCACUUCAGGACAGGUGUUCAAUAUUGGAAAACAGGAGAUAAGCAAGAUUAUUGAAUAUAUUGUAUUAACUAUAAGAAGUAAAAGGAACACUCUACUACAGAAGACUUAUAAAGAUUAUGAAUGUAAAAAUAAAUAUACUUUUACAGUGGAUAGCAAAUUAUGGGAUAUCCUAAUAGCUAAAUCAGCUCAGAGAGACGUACCCCUUUAUGAUCUCGCUAUAUUUGGACCUGGCGGUAAAGUAGAAGUUAAGGAUUUAAUACAAACUAAGAACACGUCUAUCGUCAAAAUUAAAGUAGAAACAGGUGAUUACAGCGUAUAUAUAAAAGAUUGCCGUGAUGUCACGAUAGUAGUCAGUGCAUCGACUUCUGUAAGCUUCCAGCAUGGAUUUUCGUCUUUCAAACCAAAUUCUUUAGAUAAGACGUCUAGAAAGCCUAUUGCAAAUUCAAAAUCUUACUUGGCGAUAGCGCUAGAGAAUAAAGAAAGAGAUGUCACAUUAAAAACUGUUAUACUCCGAGAUAUCAACGAUAUUUUUGUCAAAGAAUUAUCUCUGAAAUUGAUAGACGAACAUCAACAGUUUUAUAUUACUGAUUCAUUUACUCCACCUAACGUGACGUUUAAGCUUGUGGUAAGUGGAUUCACUGAUUUAAAAGAAAAUAUAACCAGAGUAUCUUCAACUGCCAUAGAUUAUUAUGAAAUUAAAGAAGUCCCAGAAAUUGAUAAACUUAAAAGUGUGUACACAAAAGAUAGAGAAUCAAGUGUGGAUAUAUUAUGCAGGGUUAUUCGGGGUAAUCCUGAACCAGUUAUUUCAUGGUCAUUUGAUCAAGAUUUUUUAGGGAAAUUUAUAAAAUUGAAAGAAACUGGAGAAGCUGUUCAUAUAGAUCAUGUUAGAUUAGAACAUGUUGGUACCUAUAAAUGUAAUGUUGCAAAUGAAAUAGGAAAUGAUCAUCACACCAUGCAACUGUUUAUUGAAUAUCCACCUACAGUUGAAAUAAGACCAAAAGACAAUCAUAACAGUAAAAAGGGUAAAGAAAUUAAACUUGAAUGUCUUGUUAGCGGCUCACCAGCUCCAGAUGUACGUUGGUUUCGGGAACACGUUGAAAUCGAGAGUGGUGGAAGAUAUACAAUUUAUCGAGACCAUACACUUAGUUUCACAGGUGAGAUUUCAGACUCUGGCAGUUAUGCUUGUGAGGCCUCGAACUCUCUUGAUACAACACGUGGCAGUGUGACUGUAUUUAUUUAUGAGCCAGCUAAAAUUGAGAUUCCAGAAGAAAGUGUAUUUAAAGCUGAAUUGCUAGGUAACCUUAGUUUACCCUGUAACGUAAGUGGCCAUCCGGUGCCGAGAGUGCAGUGGUUGUAUUACCCGUUCAGGAAUAAUAAGCGUAUACCAACAAAACUCAGUUGCGAUGAAAGUAAUAAGCUUACAUUGGAAUACAUCCAACUUGAAGAUGAAGGAUACUAUGCGUGCACAGCAGACAACAAUGUUCAUCAAGAUAUAUUGACAUAUACGGUGACGGUUCCAGUUCCUGCUUACAUUAUUUUUAAUUUUGGGUCAAUAAACAUACAUGUUGUUGAAGGAGAUUUGCUAUUCAAACUGAGAUGCUUAGUCUUAGGUAGUCCUACACCAACUCUAAAUUGGACGGUUAAUGGAUUCACUAUAACAGGAAAUGGGCGAUACGAAAUUUUAAAUGACGGAACACUUAUAGUAAAUAAUGUCAGCUUAAAAUCGAAAGGUACUUAUACUUGCUUAGCAAAGAAUGUGCAUGGCAAUGAUACUAUGGAGUACGAAGUAGAUGUCCAUCCAUAUCCCCCGAUACAAGAAAAUCCCGUAAAAAUACUAUUAUCAGAAGGGGAAAAAAGAUAUACAAUGCAUUGUGGUAUUAUGUCAAGGCCAUCAGACUUGCUACGUUGGUUUAAGGAUGGCAAAUUCAUCAAGACAGCUGAACACCUAAUUUUGGUCAACGUAGCAAAGAAUGAUUCCGGAUAUUACACCUGCCGAUGUAGUACCUCGGAACGUUCUUAUUCAUUCCAUAAAAUAAUCUUGGUCGGCAAAGAACCAAAAUUUCUGACUGAGGUGAAUUCUACACUUACAUAUAAGGAAGGAGCUGAAGCAAUAUUAGAUUGCAGUGCAUCUGGGGAACCUCCGCCGAUAACAAAAUGGUGGCGUGACUAUGUUGAAGUUCCUAACAUAAAUACGAGUCAGUAUUCAUUUAUAAUGAAUAAUAAUAACAUAGGACAAAUAAUCAUGUGCUCUGUUAGCAAUGAAUUUAAUAUAAAGGAAAUGAAGCGAUACUUUAAUUUUACUGCAGGAGAGUGCCUCAUGAAAUUGGAAGAUGAUUUUACUGCUAGACAGCCAAUAUUAGUGACUGGUGAAAAUAAACGACAGUGGCCCAUUUUCCCAACGUCCAAUGGAACACUCAGGAUGCAAAAACUUAGAAAGUUCUCACUACUCUGCCCUGAAUCUAAUAUAAUCUACGAUGGCCGGAAACAUGAUAGCAAUAUUCUCAAGACGUCUUGCGUAGAUGAUUCAAUGUUUGAAUUAGAAGGAAGGGCUGUACCUGCUUCGAAAAUCUCAUGCACUAAGCCAAUUAAGCCAUUAGCGAAAGCUUUACACAGUUCUAAAUGUCUCGGACACAACACUGUACAACUUUACAUUGGUUUCGACUUCGAGGGUUCUUUUUUGACCGUAUUUAAUGUCUGUUUUGACAACGUGACGAAGACACCACUAUAUGUAGAAUAUGGCAUGCAUAAGGCUAUCGCCAACACAAUUCCAAAUCAUGUAAAUGGAUACACAAAAGGACGGUAUUUGCGUUUAGGAUUCGAUUAUAUUUAUGAAUGCAGGAAUCAGAUGGGUGCAAUAUCAUCAUUCACAGGCAAAACGUUGAAGAGCGAUAAAAAGUGUUGUUUUGGACGGAGGCAAUUAGUAAAUCCAAGGGAUGUGCUACCAGGGAUAUCCCAAGUGGCCACGUACCACUAUAUGAACGUUGUACCUCAAUGGAGCACCUGUGGCACAGAAAAUUGGGAUGAAGUAGAACGACGAGUAAGAAUGUUUGCGAUAAAUUUAAAUUACACCAUACCAAUAUGGACUGGUGCCACUUCAGAAAGGCCAAAUGUUGCUCCGAUAUAUUUAAAAGAUAUAUUUAAACGGCGACUACAAGUACCUCAGUAUAUAUGGAAGGUAGUUUAUAAACAGCUCGCGAUCAUACACAUAAACGUCCCUGGACUAACAUCGCUUCAAGUGUCAUCUUACAUCCUAUGUAAAGACAUUUGUGAUCAAAUAGACUGGAUGAAGAGUGAUCAAUGGCAAAACAUCGACAAGGGGUUCAUCUACUGCUGCAACAUUAAAGAGUUUCAAAGAGUUUUCAGAUACUAUGGCAUUUUUGACUGAUCUCCAAUAUUCUAGAUCAUGUCAGUAUAGUGUUAACAAUGUGGCCUUAGUUCCAGUUUUGCUCAAUGCAGUCCAGGAGUCGUUCUCGCAUAACAAAUUCUGUAUUGUCAAAGUAAAAUGGAGUGGCAUUCGUUUUAGGGUCGCAAAUAAUGUACUUCUGAUUUUUGCUUUACAAACUUCAGCCAGAGAUAAAGUAUUAAAGGCAACUUUGAGCUUUAAUGUAGUCCAAAUAAGCACCAUUUCACUCCGAAGAUCAAGUAUUUCCAUACUCGAAAACGACUCCGAUGUCGGAUGUCGAAGGCUUCAGGUUGCAAGAGAUCAUCUACUAAGACUUGAGUUGUAAAACAUAGUUACGAAGCUUAAAGUAAUAACGUAAUAAUAUAUUAUAACGUAAACGCGUAAUAUUAAAUAUGAUUUAACGCUAAGUUAGG